UUAAAUUCAACAUGCUACCGCGUUUUGCCAUUUCCACAUCACACUUUCGCCAAGUAAACGCAAAUGAACUCUGCUCUCCAGUGAACAGUAAACUUGUGGUGGGCAAAACAGCCGAUACUCGAUGACUUGAAACUCGUUGGAGUGCGGGCGAAUCGAUCAAAGUCUAAAGUGAUAAAGCGUAGACACUGGACGCAUAAUUAUCGUAUAUUCCAGUGGCAGUUCUAUUAUUAUUCCAUUCGGCGACGUGUAAACACUUAUCUCUGGUGUAUUCUUCUACAUAGAAAAAAAGACAGCAAGAACAACGAAAAUGGGUCGUGUAUUUGUGAUUGGUGUUGGUAUGACCAAGUUUGAGAAACCUGGUGCUCGAGCUGAUGCAGACUAUCCUGACUUUGCAAAGGAAGCAAUUGUGAAGGCACUCAAAGAUGCUGGCAUUGCUAUGUCUGCAGUGGAGAAAGCUGUGUGUGGAUAUGUGUAUGGUGACUCUACAUCAGGUCAGAGAUGUGUUUAUGAAGUUGGGAUGACUGGUAUUCCAAUUAUCAAUGUCAACAAUAAUUGUUCCACUGGAGCAAGUGCAUUGUAUUUAGCCAAAGAUUAUGUACAGAUGGGUGGUAAUGAUUGCGUUCUUGCUGUUGGCUUUGAGAAAAUGGAACGUGGUAGUUUGUCAUCAAAGUUUAUGGACAGAACAAAUCCAUUGGAUAAGCAUGUUGGUUACAUGGGUGAAUUAACGGAAAUCACAGCCGCACCAUUUGCUGCCCAGAUGUUUGGUAAUGCUGGCAUGGAAUACAUGAAAAAAUACGGCGCUAAACCUGAGCAUUUCGCUAAAAUCGCCUACAAAAACCAUAAACAUUCCGUUAACAAUCCGUACUCUCAGUUCAGGGAUGAAUAUUCCUUGGAGCAGAUCAUGGCUUCUCCUAAAGUUCAUGGAGUUCUUACAAAGUUGCAGUGUUGUCCAACUAGCGAUGGUGCAGCUGCAGCAAUUGUUGCUUCCGAAGCAUUUGUCCGGAGGCAUGGUUUGGAAUCCCAGGCGAUUGAGAUUCUAUCGAUGGAAAUGGCAACUGAUUUGCCUUCAUCUUUCAAUGGCAAUAGCUUAAUGAAAGUGGUUGGAGUGGACAUGACUCGUUUGGCUGCAGAACGUGCAUUCCGUAAAGCCAACGUCAACCCCACUGAUGUUCACGUAGUCGAACUACACGACUGCUUCUCUGCCAAUGAACUCAUCACCUACGAAGCUUUGGGUCUGUGUGGACCAGGCGAAGCCAUUCAGUUGAUUGACCGUGGUGACAAUACCUAUGGUGGUAAAUACGUUGUAAAUCCCAGCGGUGGUUUGAUUUCCAAGGGACAUCCUCUCGGAGCUACCGGACUCGCGCAGUGUUCCGAGCUCUGCUGGCAACUCCGAGGUGAAGCAGGUGCCAGACAAGUUAAAGGAGCCAGAAUUGCGCUGCAACACAAUAUUGGUCUUGGAGGAGCUGUGGUCGUUGCUGUUUACAAACAUGGUUUCCCCGAAAAGGCGAAAAAUAUCAGAAAUGUUGCCGCGUCUACAAACGAGGACGAUUUCCAAGUGACAAAGUACUUGCGAAUCAUGCAAGAGGCGAUGAAUGAGGACAAAGAUAAUCUGAUUGAGAAACAUCGUGGGGUUUAUGGUUUCCACGUGAAGAAAUCCAAUGGUGAUGAAGGUUUCUGGGUGAUUGAUGCCAGCACCGGGAAAGGCAAAAUUGAAUUUAACGGAACCACUAAACCACAAGUUACUUUCAUCAUUAAAGACGAAGAUGUCGUAGAAUUACUCACGGGUGAAAUUAACCCCCAGAAGGCAUUUUUCCAGGGUAAGGUAAAAAUCCAAGGCAAUAUGGGCUUAGCGAUGAAACUAACAGAGUUGCAACGCACGGCUGCGUCGAAAAUCGCCGAAUUGCGUUCUAAGUUGUAAAUGAUAUUUGCACUAUAACGAAAUAUCUACAAUUAAGAUUGGUGACUGGUCAGUAGAUGGUUACGGUUUUAUAUAACGUCGUUUGUUGUUACUGGACAUUUAGGCGACAUUACAAGCAUUUUAAAUCGUUCUAUUUUAAAUGUGUGAUUUUCAGCACGGUUUUGUUAAGAUGAGGUGGAUUUUCUAUUAUAUUUUGUUAUAAUUGAAUAAAACAUGCAAUUAAAUGUAA